AUGAGGCAGAUAUUGUGGGUGUGGAUGCUGGUCAUGAUGACCUUGGUUUCGGUAAAUAUUGAGCGGUAUCAUUGUUGUUUGGAGGAAGAGAGGACUGGUCUCAUGGAGCUCAAAGCUUGGAUCAAUCACCCCGAUGGCAUUUCCUUGCCAGACUGGGUGGAAAAUACAGAGGACACUGAUUGCUGCAAGUGGUAUGGAGUUAAGUGCGACAACACUACAAACCGAGUGACCGAACUCGAUCUUUCUUUUGAAAGAGAUGAUUGGAGGUUAGGGGAUUUAUAUCUCAAUGCUUCUUUGUUUCUGCCUUUCAAAGAAUUGAAGAGUCUGGGAUUAGCCUCGAACAAAUUAGUUGGCUGCUUUGAGAAUCAAGGUUUGAGGAAGUUGGAGGAACUUCAUGUACGUGCCAACAGAUUUAAUGACAGUGUUUUAGCAUCUUUGAGUGGGCUUUCGUCUCUAAAAAUUCUAGACCUAUCAGAUAAUAUGAACUUGAUAGGAUCAACUGGUAUCAAUGGUUUGAGGAACUUAAAAAUCUUGUAUCUCAAUGGAAUUGACAUCAAGGGAAGCGUUUUGAUUGAGUCUUUGGCAGCAAUUCCAUCCCUUAAGACCUUUUCUGCUAUCCAUAGUAAUUUAAACAGAGCACUGGUCGAUAAAGGUUAG